CGAACGUGGCCGCGCGGAGGUCCGGUCUGCCGAUAACUGUAAAUCCGAGGAGGGAAGGAGCGAGUCGCGCCACGGACGGGCCCGCUUCUCCCUCUCGUCCGGGACCGUGGGGUUCGAGAGAGUGCGUGCGGUGAUAUAUAUACAUAUAUACAUAUAUAUAUCUACGAGGGUAGUCUCUAUCUCUCCCCGUUCGAGAGACUUUUCCGGUCCGGACAGUGCGUCUUGCGUCGUAGUCCUGGCCCAGUGGUCGGGUUCGAUGUGACCCGGACGACGUUCCCUGGGAGGGCCCGAGUUAAAUGCCUCGGGCGCACCGCCCUCAGCGCGCCGAGAGGGAUCCCUCGAAGACGGGGCCCGACGCCCCCUGGAGGGACUGUACGCGAAGAAGGGACUGUAUACCUAGGGACUCAUCCGGACUCCCCGAAGAGCUUUAAUAUUCACCUGGGCUCCUCGACCUUGGGGGUCCACCUUAAGGCCCGAGGCGUCCUUGCGCGCCGGCGAAGGUCGCGCGGCCGCGGCUCGCGGCCGAAUGGUGGCGCGCCGGGCCCGCUGAGGCUCGACUCCCAGCGGCGCCGCCGGUGGCGCUAGUGGCGCUCCCCGGAGACAACCCCAGCACCCGACCUGAGAAGCCGCCGCGAUGCCCAAGAUCUUCCUCAUCAAGAACCGGCUGCACCAGCAGCAGCUCAGGCUCCUCGAGGCCCAGCAUCUCAGCAAGAGCCCGCCUCCCAGCGGCAAGGAGAGUCCCCUCGGGGGAGCCGAGCCCCUCAGUCUCAUCGUCAACAAGCACCAAUAUCGAGAUAAAUCCGACGACGACAGGGCGACCACUCCGGAGUCGUUAAGAAGUUCGAGCCCGGCAGCGUCACCUCCUCCGCAAUGGCAGCCCUCGACACCGUCGAACACUCCACCCAGGAGAUUCAUCUCGAGCAUCCUGGGGGGCGACGUGCCUUACGGGAGCAGGGGUCACGUUUUGACGAGGGCGGAGCGAAAGGAGUACAGCAACCCCCCGAUCGCAUCUCCGUCGGGGGAGCUCCAACCCCUAGGGAAGUCGGAAAAGCUGGAACUACCGAGGCCCCCGACGCCCCCGAAGACCCCGAGGGUGGAACCCCCCACGAGGGUCUCGGUGAUCCAGAGGGUGCCCCCUCAAUCUCAGCCCCCCAGGAGAGAGGAAUCCAAGCCGGAGCUCCCCCAGAGCCAGGAACCCGAACAGGAGCAGCCUAUAGACUAUGCGGUGCCGAAGAGGAAGGACGAGGCGGACGAAGAGCGAAGCCGAGAGGGGGCUAAGGCCUCUCGCACCCAUGGGAACUCCAUAGCGAGGCCCCUCUUGGCGAUGAGGUUGUCAGGGCCCCAGACGGUGCACGCGGCCGCGGGUCAUGGGAGGUCGACGAAUUCCGGCGGGGGGAGCGGGGCCUCCGGGGGUGGAGGAGGUACCGGAAGCGGAGGGUCCGGCUCCUCGGCCGGAGGAACCGGAAGUGGCGGCGGUUCCGGGAGUGCCGGUGGCGGUGGCGGUGGUCUCGGGUACUCCGGAGGCAGCGCUGGUGGAGGAAGUGGCGGCGGAGGGGCUGUCGGUGGCGGCACGGGGGGUGGCGGGAUGAACCCGGGGGGCAACGGCGGUAGAGGCAACUACGGACCUAGCUCGCCUCCCACGGGCUCGCUGCCUCCCUUCUACGAGUCCCUGAAGGGCGGCAACAAUCUCGCCAACUUCGCCAACCAGUACAACGGCACUCAAGGAAACGGGUACCUUACCCUGUCGCCAGCGGUGGGCAUGGAGUGCGACACGGGCCAGCAGGACGCGAACGGGCACAACAGUCAGUACGGGGCCCAGGAAGGGAAGCAGUACUCGCUCCUGCAGAACGUGUGCGCGUCCUACGGGCUCACCCUGAAGGAGGAGGAAGACUUGUCCGCUUACAAGAUCCAGCCCAACGACCUGCUCUCCGGGCAGUACGGGCCCUACGACGUGACCGACUCCGGCAUGAUGGUGGAUAUGGUGACGGGGGCCGUGGUGGAUCCCCUGCAGUUCACCGCCACCCUGACCUUCAGCUCCCCGUCGGACCACACGGCCCUGCUGGAGAGCCUCAGCGACGCGGCCGACCUCUUCCUCCCGAGGUUACCCACGGAGGACGGGGGCAACGAUCUCCUGGAGGACUCGUUGCACUCGCCGGCCUCGGCGGGCAGCGCCAUCGCCCAGGACGGACAGAUGACCACCCCCGUUGAGCCCAGCGUGGACCCCUUCCCCGAGCACAGCAUGGCCCUCACCAGGGGAUUCGACUCUUCGAGGCAUUACGGAUCGGCGCCUCAGCACUUCGCCGGGACGAAGCUCUCAGGGCUGGGGUAUCCUUCGGGCGAGUCCAGCUACCAGCCGCUGGCGAAGGAGCGACCGGAGCUGGCGCUGCACAUAAAUCAGUCCCAGCAUCAGGCCGAGCCCCAGCUGCAGCAGCUCCAGAUCCAGGUGCAACUGCAGCAGCAACAGCAGCAGCAGGCUACGGCCUCCUCGCCUCACCAGCAGCCUCAGCAGCAGCAACAGCAGCAUCAUCACCACCAGGGCCUCGUCAGUCCGGGUCUCAGCUUCGCCAGCAGUGGUUUGGAGCUGGACUCAGGAAGCAGCGCGGGCGGGAGUCUUCCCAGUCCAGGAGCUGCGAGCUGUUCCCUGGACGCGGCCUCGACGAGCACCUCGCCACCCUGCGCUCUCAUGGAACAUGCCCCCAGCCCUGCAGGUGUACCCGCUACCGUGAGUGCGACCACCCCUGGCCCCGUUGGGGAGCCCCCUCUCACGCAACGGGUCGGUGUACUGCAGCAAAGGUUGGGACUGCCUGGGGACUGCCAGUUGGAGUUCGUCAACGGCGGCCAUGGCAUCAAGAACCCGCUGGCGAUAGAGGGCCAGAGGCAAGCUGCCGCCAGCAGGGAAGAGGAGAGGGCCAGCCGUCCUCCUCCUGGAAAGGAUGACGACCCGAACCGCUUCACCUGCCGCGUCUGCAGCAAGAACUUCAGCCUCCAGCGGCUGCUGAACCGCCACAUGAAGUGCCACAGCGACGUGAAGCGGUACCUCUGCACCUUCUGCGGCAAAGGCUUCAAUGACACCUUCGACCUGAAGAGGCACACGAGGACGCACACGGGGGUCAGACCGUACAAGUGCAACCUCUGCGAGAAGAGCUUCACGCAAAGGUGCAGCCUGGAGAGCCACUGCCUCAAGGUUCACGGGGUGCAACACCAGUACGCGUACAAGGAGCGACGCACAAAGGUAUACGUGUGCGAGGAGUGCGGCCACACGACGCAGGAACCCGAAGUCCACUAUCUACACCUGAAGGACAAGCACCCCUACAGUCCGGCGCUCCUCAAGUUCUACGACAAGCGGCACUUCAAGUUCACGAACAGCAACUUCGCCAACAUGUUGCUCCAGGGUGGCCUCCUGCAGCGGGAGUCUAGGAGUGCGGAGAGCUGCGUAAAGUCGGCCUCGAGAGUCCUGGAGGCCCCUCUCCGGCGAUCCUCGACGCUUCUGCACCUGGGACGAGCUUCCACGUUCUGACACCGAGGACCCAAAGACCCUGAAGAGAGCCCAGGAGGAUGAAUACCUUGAUCCAGAGACCAGGAAAAGGAACGUAGGCUCCUUCGACACCGGAGGACCAUCUAUGGGACUUGGUAUCCUCAACCUGAAGACCCUGCUCCAAGAAACGACCUCCGUUUCGUCUCACCGCGCUCGUUUCUACCCUGAAGAGCGGGAAUCUCCUGUUGCGCAGUAUUUCCUGUUAUAGUAGAGCGUGUCAGACCGCGAUUGCUCGGGAUGCGUUCCAAUAAGCGCCUCUAAUCCUAAGUAAGCCGACGAUUCGAGACGACGAACACACGUGAUAGCGUUUACGAGCGGCCGAAAGAUCCCAAAGACUUGGAUUCAACGUUCCGGGGACGCGUUCCCCCCUCGGACGCAUUUUAUGGUGUUUCCUCGCAGCGACCCAUGCUCGGGGGCACGGACUCUCGAUUUUACGUUGCUUUCCGACUCGGCGGGCCCUGAAGAGAUCCCUGAAGUCGCGCCGCACCGGAAGCAGGCUUUAAUUACGAGGGAACUUCUCCUGGUGAAUGACUUCAGGGACCUCUUCCAGUCAUUAUCGCGACGCCCAUGCGUUCGCUACCCCGAAGAGACCCUCGAAAGGAGCGCCGCUCGGCUCUUACGUGUUUUAAGUUUAGCCCAAUCCCUCGCAAGCGACUUGUAUAUUAAUUUAAUAUCGACCUCUCGUUACUAAACGCGCGCGCGCACAUACACACGUUGUCACACUGGCACUCAUACAUUCACACGCGCACAUCUUUUAGUGUAACCUGUGAUAUAGGGAGGAGUAGGUGACGACUCGCGGUCUCCGGUUUCUUUCGAAGGAGACGCGUAGCGUCCCGAGGAGGGGACUUUGCAGAUACAAUGCAAAGGAAACAAGAUAUACGCUCACGGAAAAGUACCUUUUCAUUUGUUGCAUUGCCGCGAAAUGCUUGGUGGUUCUUUAAUUAGCUGGAAACAGGCAGCUAACCAUCACGGAUGACAGGGAAAUACUUACUUCUAAUCUUUUACGCCCGGUUUUGCAGCAAUGCUCCCAGUGGGACGGUACAUUUAGUAUUAUUUCGUUACUCGCUCUGCUUUCCUUUUUAAACCGCCAUUUCGCAGGAUGAAAAUUAUUUAAGUACUUUAGAAGGUUACGAGUGCUCCGUUAAGGACCGCGGAAUUGUACAGCUUGUUUCUUUUGCAUCGUGGCAUGCGUUGUGUACAAAUUUGUAUUCAAGACCCUGCGGGACGAAGGAGCGUCACUCGAGCUCGCGCGUACGUGUACAAAGCAUUACAAACGGGGUUUCGUGCAAUCUUCAGGUGGUUCAGGAAACUUGGGUCCGUGGUAAGGACGGACUUCUUCGCGCCUCCGAAAUAACGGCUCCUUUGGGAAGUGCGAGGAAGCGACGCGUUUAAUUUUAGUCUCGCGCUCGAACCGGGUGCUGGAAGGGCGGCCGUUCCAAGAUGGCGCCGUUUCAAGAUGGCGGCGGCGAGGGACGCUCGCAGUGCUUCCUCCCUUUCCGCUGGCUUUCUCCGAGAAGAAACCUACGCCGAUGUUUCCUCCGUGCGGCAAAGAGCCAGAUAACUAAUCGAUUACGAUGACGCGUGUUAAAAUUCUCAUUAAUCUCAUUAUUCUCAUCCCACGCGAGAUUCCGUUCGUCUCUUUCCGCGCCGUACGGCGUCACUCGGUCGCGCCAUUUCCCCCUUCUCUUGUAAAUACGCAUUAUAAAUAUAUUUACGCGUGUCUACCGUA